CUAUUACGCCUGCCGCGAAAUUACUGUUAUUGUGUCACGUGUCAAGGAACGUACUCUGGUUUAACCUCAACAUCUCUUGCGUUUUCCUCUUCCUCUCCUUUCUUCUCGUUUCCUUCUCCGCGUUCGCCCUUUCUCUUCUCUCGGUUCGCACACUCGACGAAUCUUCUCGGCGGAAGUACGCGCGGUUUCACUUCACUCUUUUAAAUCGAUCCCGUGUACGCGACUUUGAAUCGUGCGACGAAGGUUUGUUCGGUUUUCUACUUCAUUCCGGACACGCUUUUCAUCGACGCGUUCGUCGAGUUGUUCGUUUCGUCUGGUAGUUCCCGACGAACACGAACGCGAACACGACACGACGCGACGCGCAACGUCUACACGCAGGCACGCGCGUACUCGCUCUCGCUUUCGCUUUUGCUCUCGGUUUUCUCAUUCUCAUCCGAAACUCCCUCUGUUCGUUACUCGCACGAUUCUACUUCUAAUCGCUUCUACGACGGAGUUUGGGAACGUAGGAAAACUACUUGCCGUUAUUUUCAUUACAUACGGUUCACUGUGUCGACGGUUAUUGAUUUCUCGCGUUAGAUUCUUCGCGUUAUCAAACCCAACGAUCGAGUCGUUGACAACUACUUAACCAAAAGUUAAACAACUUUCAGAGAACGUUUAACGAUAACUUCGCGUUUCGAUUCGCUUUCGUGUCUCCUUCGCUCGAACGCAGACUCUGAAAUACCGACAUCGUGAAAUAUGCCUCGAUGCAUCAGCGGACUCUACCCGAAUCGAACGGUCAACUACUCGACUAUGCAAGGCUGCGAUAUGAAAUGUACGUGCUUGGUAAAAGGAUCGUAAAAUGAAAUAAAUGGAAAAUCGCCAAGUCUACGAGCUCGAAGACGAAGAAGAUUGUUAGACGGUCCUCUACAGUACGAGUGUACGGUAUAUGUUCCGUGGGUAAGGUUGCAACUGACGUGGUUGGUAAGGCGGUGUCACGUAAGACUUUCAUCGUCUUUCACAUCGGAUGUCCAGUCUAUCCUAUUUUUUCGUCAAUCCUGUUAUAUCCGAACCGUAAACAGAAAACGGAACAUGUGCUUGCGAUAAAUUCGGAAUAGUCGGAAUAAGUUUUGAUCAAUCUUGAAUUUCCAACUUCCACGAGUAACGAAUUCUCGGCGAUUCUGGCUUAUUCGUUUGUUAUACUGAUUACCAAGUAGCCGUAACUAUGGCGGAGUUCGUAGAUAAACGAUGCGAGGACAUGAUCCCCGAAUUGGAACAAAUGGAGAGGAUCAAACUAUUCGACAAAAAUGAAAUUCGGGGAAUUGCGAAAAAAUUGAAAGAAAAUGAGUACAAAAUUCAGCGAGUUUCAAAAACCAAAGAGGAUUAUUUACGAUACAUACAGUACUUGAUGGACCUUCUUAAAUUAAUCAGGCAACGUAGAGACAAAUUUGGUGUUAAUCAAAAGAAAUCGGACAUCGAUCACAUCAUUACAAACAAAAUGAAUCAUUUGUAUAAAGAUGCCAUCUUUAAAUUUCAAGAUGACAUUCGUUUCUGGGUUGCUUAUAUAAAAUUUUGUAAGCAUGUUCAUUUUCAAAAUAGUGUUAGCCACAUAUUAGGUCGGAUGUUACAAGUUCAUCAAGAUAAACCAAAAUGUUGGCACAUUGCUGCUCGUUGGGAGCUAGAAGAAAAUAAAAAUAAACAGACGGCUCGUCAGUUUUUGUUAAGAGGAUUACACAUACAUCCGACUUCUCAACUGUUAUUUAUCGACACUUUUAGAUUAGAAUUAGAGGAAGCACUGUCCGACGAACAAUCUAAGGAAUCCAAUGGCGAACCUGUAGCGCCAGUAGCGACGGAAGAUGACAUGAGCAUAGGUUUAAAAAGGGCCUAUAUCGUAUAUCAACAAGCAUCAAAAUGUAUCAAGGAUAUCAAGUUUAUAGUAGAAUUGCUUAACAUUACCAAGGAACACGAAAACACGGAGAAACUACAAAAUAAAAUUGUUAGCGAUAUAAUACAAGAAUACGCCCAUGAACCUUUAAUGUGGGACACAAUGGCAAGGAGGGAACUAGAAGGACUUGUUCAACCUAGCCUUAACGACACAGCUAUGGAAAUUGAUAGUUCGGAACAGACUUCGUUAAGAGAUCGCAUCACAUCUUGUAAUAAAGUAUAUCAAACUGCUCUUAAAAAACUGAAAACAGAAGAGAUGUGGUCAUUAUAUAUAGAAUGUCUAAUAGAGAUUAAUGAAAAAGACAGAUCUCUACCUAAUUUCAAGAGAAAGUUAUUGAAAUCUGCAUUUUCUCAAGCUCACCAAGCUAAAAAGUUGAAAGAAAAAUAUUAUUUGCAUUGGGUUAAUAUGUUAAAUGUUGACCUGAAAGAUGAAACUACCAACAAAAAGAUAAAAGAAAUUCUAUGUAUGGCUACCGAGGCUUUACCAAAUAGUGUAAGUUUAUGGCAUGCCAGACUAAGGUAUUUAUUAACCUCGGGGCAAGAAGAGGAAGUUGAAACUCUUUUCUUUAAGGUAAUAGAAAUUCUUGGAGAAAAAUCAUUACCUUUAUGGAAAAUGAGAAUAUUACAUAUGCAAGCGAAAAAUCCCGAAAGAACAGAAGAAAUAUUCCAAGCAGCUUUACAGGGACAUCCGAAUGUAGCUCAAGAAAUAAAACCUACUUACAUCGAAUGGCUGGUUCUAACAAAAAGCAUACAAACAGCACGAAAAGCUUAUGAUAAUCUCUGCUUGCAACCACCUUUCUCUAUCGAAAUGCAUAAAAAGAUGAUGGAACUAGAAUUUAUGCAACCAGAAAUGUCAUUGAAACAUUUGCGAAAAUGCAAUGAAAUGUCAACGUUACAAUUUGGCAAAAGUAACGCGAGUGUUUGGAUCGAUUACAUUAAGUUUGAAAUGAAACAUGGAGAUCCGAAAAAAGUCGGAGAUAUACAUAGGAGGGCAGUAAAAACAUUAAACCCUGAAUUGACCGAGCCUUUCAUUUCAGAAUACAGUUUGAUGAAGGCAAACCUGGAUUGUUUGAGUGCGGAUACGUAAGCAUCGACAGCAGUUGUGAGAAAACGUGGAGGACAAAUAUAUAUAUAUAUAUAUAUAUAUAUAUAUAUAUAUAUAUAUGAUAUAUAUAUAUAUAUAUAUAUCAGUCUGUACAUGGUUAAAGAUUAAUUCAGCUUCAGUAAACAGCUUUUCACGUAUUUAUCCACGCAAAGACUAAAGUAGCCUACAGGCGUUUUUCACAAAAUUCCUCUUCUUGUGGUUUUUCGCCUUGGCUCCUGGCCGCAAAACGAUUGUACCGUUCCCCGUACUUCGACCACACGUGGAUCCGUUCGGACUAAAAGCACCUAUAACGACACAUAGAAAUAUCUAUAUAUUUUCAUAACUUUAAGAGGACAAAUAAAGGAUUGUUUUCCAGUUGAUAGUACAAUUUGUUGCAUCGGUUCCAUCGAUCACGGGGGAAGAACCUGUCUCUCCUCUUUGGAACGGAUACGCUGGGAGGAAAGGAUGUAACGAUAUUUCUUACACUCGUCUUUUGCAGCCGACCGAUUAAUAUUUUCCACGUAAACGAUUCUCACCAGUGUGUCUAUCAUGAUAAUUGAUCGGAACGUUACGAUACCAAUGAUAAUAUUGUAAUAUUAACAACUGACUAGACCUUUUUGAACAGCUACUUAUACGCGAUGCAACAACGAUAGUCGGUACAGGACAGAUCGUUUCUGUAGUAUUCAUAUUAUACGCAUUAUCACGUAUAACGGAUAUAAGUUUCCAUGAAAAACUAUGGGACCCUAACUUCCUUUCUGACGAGUACUAAUUGUGAUAGGCUAGGGAGAGCAUUGAAGACGGAGAGUGGGGGAAGGUCCCAAAGCUUCGGUGUUUGGUCUCUAGUAGCGGGUAAUGUAAACGACCGUUUACACCGAGUAGACUACCUGUAUAGAUUGUAAACGUUUAGCCAGUUAUUUGUAUAAUUUUUGUUUUUCAAUAAAACGGUACUUGGACACGAUA